GCCUCCCCCGGAAGCAUAUGCAGAGAAAAACGAACUUCAAGCCUCCAGCGAUCUCGACCGCCAGAGCCCCCGGAGCCCACACACCCGCCGGCGUGUCGCCGCCUUCGUCGAUCAAGAGCAACACCGACGUGGCGCUGCCGGAGUUGGAGCAGCGCGUCAAGGUGUCGCCACCGCCGCCGUUCGCGUCGGACAGGUGGGCUGCGGGCGGCGCCUCGUCCUCCGACGAGGAGGAGGACACCAAGAAGACCAAGAACAAGAAGGCCGCGACCGGCAAGACGGUGCCGGCAAGGAAGAGCGGCAAGGCCAAGGGCAAGGACAGGUACCUCGUUGCGCCAAAGGCAGAAGCUGACCAGGAGUUCAUGCCCGCAGGGGUCCCCGACCCGUUCGCCGACAACGACGCGCCCCCGCCCUCCUCGUUCGACCCGUUCGCCGAUGACGCUGCCGGGGGCGGCGCUGGGGUCGACGAAGCCUACGUGCACCUCCGCGUGCAGCAGCGCAAUGGCAAGAAGACGCUGACCACGGUGCAGGGGCUCAGCGCCAGCUACAACUACGCCAAGGUGCUGCGGGACCUCAAGCGGGAGCUCUGCUGCAACGGCACCGUCGUCGAGGACAAGGAGCUCGGCAACGUCAUCCAGCUGCAGGGCGACCACCGCAAGCGCGUCGCCGGCUUCCUCGCCAAGGCCGGCCUAGCCAAGACGGAGUGCAUCAAGGUCCACGGCUUCUAAGCCGAUCUCCAUAGAGUUUGUUUAUCGGGUUUGCUGUUUGGUGAUUUGAUUUCUGUGUGAGUCUGGCCAUAAUGGCUUGCGGUCGUCGGGUUAAAUCGUGUAAGGGGUCACUUUUUGCUAUAUCAAUAAUAAUGCAGACUUUUAUAAUACUUAA